AUGGUUGACAAAGAUUGGCUCGUUGUUGUAAAGACAAAUCCUCGAGAUUUUUUUAAUAUGCCUGAAGUUGAAGAAGCAGUAAUGAAUGAAGAAGCUUAUCAACAAGAGGAAGUGGAAUGUAAUAUUUUAUGUCCCAAUGACCAUGAACCUGAUAUUCAUGUGUCUUUAUACAGGAAUGAUGUUGAAUCACAAACUGUUUUGCAUACCAAUGAUCAAGAAAAUGAGGAAGAUAAUUUCAUUAAUGACAAUCAGACAGAUGUAUCUGGGAGUGAAGAAACCGAAGAAGAAUUACUAGAUGAUGAUGAUGGAGAAGACAUUUCUCGCAUCAAUAGAAAGAGAGGAAGAGGGAAAUAUAAAUCUAAAACUGUUGAUAUUAAAACUAAGUAUGGAGGAAAAAUCAAAGUAAUCAUUCCAGAUGAUAUUGAUAGAGUUGUGGGUUCUAGGGCUAGAGAUAUUGUUAAUUACGCAGGCUUGAUCAUAAGGAGCAGUAUCUCAUUUCAAGAUGGAAAUUGGCAGAAUAUUGUUUCAAAACAUGGAGAAGCAACGUGGUAUAAGGUCAAGGACAAAUUUGAAGUUUCUGGUGGGCUGCGAGCACAUAAGUUACAAGGCUUUGUGAUAAGCACUAUGCAAAGAUUCUUUAGAGCUUGGAAAGCUCGAUUACAUAAUCACUAUUGUGCCUAUAGUAAGGAUGAUGACAGAUUGUCUAAUCGUCCUGAGGAUGUUGAGUUGGAGGACUGGAAAUACCUAGUUAAGUAUUUUGGCAGUGAGAGAUUCAAGGUUAUCAGUGAAAGAAAUAAAAACAAUAAAGAAAAACAAAUAACUAAGCUUUAUUGUGGUACAAGAUCAUUUGCAGGAAGAGAUCCAUUAUCAGGAGAAAUAGACUCACCAGAUAAAGUCUGGGAGAUCCAACACACACGUAAAAGUGCUAGCGGAGAACGUAGCCAGCUCGAACAACUUGUUGUUCAACAACAAUCAAAAGAGAUCGAAACUCCCAUGACUAGGGAUGAGAUUUUAUCCUCAUUUCUCGGUGAGAGAUCAGGCUAUGUUAGUGGAAAAGGAUAUGAGAAAAAGCCUCCUAAAAAAGCUCAAAUACAACAGGCAGACAUAGAGGCUAGUGUGUCUUCAGCAAUGGAAAGUAUGCGUCAAGAGAUGCAAGUUGAUAUGGAACGAAAGCUACAAGAAGAACGUGAACACAUGGCGGCAGAUUUAAAAAGGAGUAUGGAAGAAGAUCUGGAAAAAAAAUGGAAGAGCAGCGUGAACACAUGA